GGGGACAACAUAGAGAGUAAUUUUGUAGAGAGUAAAAUCAGUCCCCAGGGUCAAAACCCUAGAUAGACUCCGGCACAGGAAGUCUCGAGAAUCAACGAUCGUUUCCCAAAAAUUAUCGAUUUCGAACAGUCGGUCUUCGCCUCACAUUGAUACCCUUCUUCUUCAUUGUUCGUCAAUCUACAGAUAUAACCAAUUUUUCAGUCCAUGGCUGGUCAGAGGAACAGUUAUGGAAAACGGAACCAUUCUCAGUCUGAUUAUGCUGAAAAUGGAGGGAACAGACGCAGAAGUCAUGGUGAUGACCGAGACCAGUUUGUCAUAGAUCCAGAGGAUACUGUUUACCGGUAUUUGUGCCCUGUAAAAAAGAUUGGUAGUGUUAUUGGAAGAGGAGGGGAGAUAGUGAAGCAGUUAAGGAUAGAUACUAAAUCAAAGAUUAGAAUUGGAGAAACAGUGCCUGGAUGUGAUGAGCGUGUUAUAACUAUCUACAGUCCAAGCAAUGAGAUUAAUUCCAUGGAAGAUAGUGAUUAUGUUUCUCCUGCUCAGGAGGCUUUGUUUAAAGUGCAUGAUAGAGUUGUGGCUGAUGACUUAAAUGAGGAGGAAUCUGAGGGAGGAGGUCACCAUGUCACAGCGAGAAUUCUUGUACCAUCUGAUCAAAUUGGUUGUAUUAUUGGGAAAGGUGGGCAGAUUGUGCAGAAUAUUCGCACUGAGACUGGGGCACUGGUUCGAAUUCUUAAGGAUGAUCAUUUGCCACGUUGUGCUCUGAAUUCUGAUGAACUUGUCCAGGUUUCUGGUGAACCCUCGAUUGUGAAGAAAGCCUUGUACCAGAUUGCAUCUCGACUGCAUGACAAUCCAUCACGAUCUCAGCAUCUACUUGCUUCUGCCAUACCUGGUGUCUAUGCUUCUGGUGGUUCAAUUUUGGCUCCCACACAUGGUGCUCCAAUAAUGGGAUUAGCCCCAUUGGUUGGUCCGUAUGGAGGUUAUAAAGGUGAUGGUGGUAAUUGGUCCAGGUCUUUAUAUUCAGCUCCAAGAGAUGAAUUGUCUUCAGCAAAAGAGUUUUCUCUCCGACUGGUAUGUCCAAGUGAAAAUAUUGGAGGUGUCAUUGGAAAAGGUGGAGCCGUAAUCAAUCAAAUUAGACAGGAGACUAAGGCUGCCAUAAAAGUUGAUAGUUCUACUGAAGGAGAUGAUAGCUUGAUUAAUAUUUCAUCUAAGGAGUUCUUUGAAGACUCAUAUUCUCCCACAUUGGAAGCUGCAUUGCGCUUGCAACCAAGAUGCAGUGAGAAAGUAGAAAGAGAUUCUGGGAUUAUUUCAUUCACAACCCGCCUGCUUGUGCCUACAUCACGAAUUGGUUGCCUAAUUGGUAAAGGUGGAGCUAUCAUUACUGAGUUGAGAAGGCUCACCAAAGCUAAUAUUCGAAUACUGUCAAAAGAGAACCUUCCUAAGGUUGCCUUGGAGGAUGAUGAAAUGGUGCAGAUAUCUGGGGAUCUUGAUGUCGCCAAGGAGGCUCUUGUACAUAUAGUGACUAGGCUAAGAGCCAACCUUUUUGAUAGAGAAGGUGCUCUCUCUGCUAUGCUGCCUGUUCUGCCUUAUCUUCCCCUAUCAGCUGAUGGUUCAGAUAGUCUAAAUUAUGAUGGGAGAGAUAGUAAAAGACACGGGCGUGGACAUUCUUAUUCUAGUGGUUAUGGGGGUUUCGGUGAUUUGGCUGCUGGUGAUGGUUAUGGAAGUUACAGUGGUUCACAGAUUGGUGGUGGUGGAGGCAAUGCAUACGGGGCCUAUGGAAAUUUUUCUAUGGGACGAAGUGGUAGCUCAGGGGUUUCCGGACAUGGCAGUGAACCUCGGAGGAGAAAUUAUUCCUAGCUUGGCAGUCAUUAUUUACAGCUGAGAUUUAUGAAGCCUGAGGCCAGCCUACUGCCUUAACCUGAAGACCAGAUGAACCAGCGUUUGAUAUAUUCAUGGCCCACCUUGAUGCUACCUUUAGUCGGACUAUGCCUGAAGAUCUUGUUGACUCUUAAUUCUAACUCGUCCACACACCAAGAUGACCAUGAAUAAAAUCUUGAGCUCCUAAGAACCUACUAGCCGAAAUUCCUGGGUUUUUUUGUUGUUUUUUCCUGCACAAAUAUUGAACUACGAAACCAUGUUUACUUCCGCAAUGGACACCCGUGGAGUUUUCGUUUUGUGUGGUUUUACUGCUAUAAAAGAUUCGUUUAUAAUUCACGAUGUCCAGGAAGUUCCUUUUCUUCAUUUUUCUUUUCUAUUCUUUUUUACCAUGGAGUGCAGCCCAUAUCUGCAUCGUUCACCUGAAUUGUGCAGGGAUUAAGUGUCACACCCUGCUCUCUUGCACCCAACAGUCAUUCAUUUUUAUGGCGAUAUAACAUCCCUACUUUAGACUUGUUAAUUUCUGAAAAAAAGGGUUUUCUUAUUUAGUAGCAAGAGUACUCCUACUCAGGGGUAGCGUGUUUGAUCCUUUGAGUGAACUUAAUAAGAACAACCUUUGGUGUC